AUGACUAAACAUUCAAACAAACUUUCAACUACUACAAGUUCAAAGAGUGAUCAUCAUUCAACAGAUUUUGAAGUUCACCGUAAUUGGCUUGCAAUAACAUACAGUUUGCCGAUAAAAGAAUGGUACGUAAAUGCCAAGUCAGAAUGGACCUUGGAUUACCCUCCUUUUUUUGCAUGGCUGGAAUUUUUAUUCAGUCAAAUUGCCAAAUUUGUUGAUCCCGAAAUGCUCAAAAUUGACAAUCUGAAUUAUGAUUCACCUGAAACAAUAUUUUUCCAAAGAACAACAGUCAUCAUUGCAGAUUUGAUGUUUUUAUAUGGAGUUCGAGAAAUUGGAAAAGUAUUUUGUAACUCUCAAAAUAAUUUUAUGGUAUUUGGUUGUCUAUCAUUGUGUAAUAUCGGUUUACUGAUGGUCGAUCAUAUACAUUUUCAAUACAAUGGAUUUUUAUUGGGAAUACUUUUAUUGUCAAUAGCAAAAGUUUGCAAAAACGAAACCCCAGCGUUUAUUGUUUGGUUACUUAAAUGGUAUUGUUUUAGAGAUAAUAAAUUUUUUACACGAUUAACUCAACUUGGAGUGAUCGUGUUAACAAUCACAUUUGUCUCUUUUGGGCCGUUUUUAUCUCAAUUGCCACAAGUGUUUUCAAGACUUUUCCCGUUUAAACGAGGUUUAGUACAUGCUUACUGGGCUGCAAAUGCCUGGGCGUUGUAUAUUGGUGCAGAUAAAAUAUUGUCCGUAAUUUCGAAACGAUUUGGUUGGGUAGCAACUACAAAAACUGCAUCAAUGACUGGUGGUCUAGUACAAGAAGAUACCUUAGCCAUUUUACCAACUCCUACGCCUUUAGUUACAUUCGUUGCUACACUUUUAUCAAUACUGCCUGUUAUUUUUUUAAUAUUAAAGAAGAAACAAAAACAUCUACAUCGAGAAGAUUUUGUAAGAUGUAUUAUUUUAUGUGCAUUAAGUUCAUUUAUAUUUGGAUGGCAUGUCCAUGAAAAAGCAAUUUUAACCGCAAUCAUUCCAUUAAGCCUUUUAGCUACUCUCAAUAAAAAUGAUGGUAGAAUAUUCAUGAUUCUGAGUUCAGCAGGACAUACAGCUAUUCAACCUCUUCUCUUUCCAUAUGAUUUAACUUUAUUAAAAAUUUUAAUGCAUUUUAUUUAUUCACUCGCUGAAAUUUUAUGCUUCCAAGAACUUUUUAAUUCAUCACUAUUAAAAAUUCACGAGUGGAUAUAUGUGAUAAUUUUACCUUUUAUAACAAUUUAUGAAACUGUUAUUCAUAAAAUUAUUUUUGGACAACAAUUACCAUUUCUCCCACUGGCUCUAACUUCAAUUUACUGUGCAAUUGGCGUUAUUUACUCAUGGGUACUUUAUUACUAUGUAUUUUAUACUAAUUGUACCGUGACUGACAUAGAAAGCAGUAAUGUGAAAACAAGUCAAAAAGUACAAACUAAAGUUGAUAAAAUAAAAAAACGCAAUUAA